AAUAGCAUUAUGUCAAUGUGAAGUGUAGAAGAUUGUUAAUAUUGUGUUAGGUUAUUUUAUAGUGUUUAUAAUUUUCAAUUAAAUAAGUUGUAACAAAAAUGAACGAAAAUAAUGAGAAUAAGUUAGACUGGAUGUAUAAAGGCGUUAACAGUCAUGUUAACGAAGAAGAAUAUUUAUUGGGAAAAUCGGUAGAUAAAACAUUUGAACAACUCAAUAAUGAAAAGAAAGAAAAAAAACUUGGUAUUGCGCCUCCAAAAAACCAUGUGGAACAUGAGUGCAUUCCACCAUCUAUUAGAGAUUUUAAUAAAAUUGUCCAAGAAGAACAGGUUGAUCUGUCUGCAAAACUACAAGAAGAUCCCCUUGCUGCGAUUAAAAAACAAGAAGAAGAGGCUAGACGACAAUUUUUACAAAAUCCCAUUCAAUUAAAAAAACUCCAGGAAGCUUUACAAGCCCAGAAAAAGAAAAAGAAGAAAAUGAAAAAGUCUCAUCGUGAAGAUGAUUUGGACAAGCGGUUGUUUGAAAAAUUAAAAUAUCUAAAGGGUAGUUCAAUACCCAUUAAUUUAUUAAAGAAUGAAAAAAAAGAAAAUCAUCUGGAUACCAUAUUAAUGCAUAAAUUUAAUCAACUUAAAGAUAAACUAUCCCAAAAAGAUAUGGAUGAUAUUUUAGCAGGGAAAUGUAGUAGUGAUAGUGAUGAAGACAAUUGUAGAAGCAAACUUAAAGGCAAAUCUUCAAGUUCAGAUAGUGAAGAUUCUCAGCGAAAAAAACAUAAUGGACGAAUUAAUAAACAUAUAUCUGAAAAAUUGAAUCCUAAAAAGCAAUACCAUAGGUCAAAAGAGAGAAAAAAUAACAGGGAUAGAUUGAGCACUAGUGAAUAUGAAGAGAAAAAAAUUAAAAAAGAAAGAAAUAAAACAAGAAUUCAUAGGGAUAGCUCAAGCAGUAGUGAAUAUGAAGAUAGGGCAUCUAAAAAAAGCAAAAAUAAAACAAGAAAACGAAGGGAUAGUUCAAGUGAUAGUGAAUACAAGAAGAAAAAAUCCAAAAUAGAAAGAAAUAAAAUAAGAAAACACAGGGAUAGAUCAAGUAGUAGAGAAUAUGCAAAUAAAAAGUACAAAAAAGAAACCAGGAAACAUAGAGAUAGUUCAAGUAAUAGUGACGCUGGAAGUGAUUAUGAUAAGAUAAAGAAAAAACAAAGUAAAAGGAGUGAAUCAAGUGAUAGGAACUCAGACAGAAAUGGCUGUAAAAGUUAUGAAUAUAAGAAGAAAAGAAGUAGUACUAGUGAAAAUGAUACAAAGGAACAAGGCAUUGAAAAUGAUCACCUAAGCCAAAUGAUAUUGGAAAAAUUAAGGAUGAUUCGAAAUUCUAAUCCUGAAAAUGCAAAAGGAGAACAAGAAGAAGCACCAACAACAUAUUCCCAUUAUGACAGUGAUAAUGAUGAAUACGUUUAUAAAAAGAAAUCUUUUGGUCUGGUCAGAUCAGAUGGUACCAAAAUUCCUUUAAAAGCACCUUCUGAAAAAAUCAAAACAGUACAAAAAAAGAUUGGACCCUCUAAAGCAACCGAACAAAAAAAGAAUCUUAAUAAAAAGUUGAGUGACAAAGAAAAGGAGGAAAUUAGAAAACAAAUGAUGGUUGAUGCUGUGAAGAGGGACAAGGAGAGGAGUGAUAAUUUGAGAAAGUAUAAACAGGAAAAUGAAAAAGAUGAAAAUAAAGUAGAAGAUUUUGAUAAAAACUUUAUUCAUAGACAAUUAUCAAAAAGCCAGCAGAAUCUUACAGAUGUGGAAUCAAGAAUUAAGUCUAAGCUAAAUAAUAUUCAAAGAUCUUCUCAACAUAUGAAUUCAAAUUUUUCCAAAAGAAGUUAGUGAUGAAUUUUUCACAACCAUUAGAAUUUUUUGAACAAUUGAAUAGCUCACUAAGGAUAAUAUUAAAAAGAAUAUUGUGUGAAACACUGGAAGUCGUCGAGUCUAUUAAUUUUGGUGAAGGAAUUGAAAACGUCCAAACUCUAUAAUAUAGAUUUCAAGUGAAAAGUGAGUGAUUUAUGAAAAAUUGCCAAAAAACAUCGUGCUGACAUAGGAGAAAGUUACUAAAGUUCAAAAAUUUAUUUGCUAAAUAAUCAGAAAUUUGUUUUGUAUAUGAAUAGUUGUCAAAGGAAAAUCUUCAUUGUAGCUUAGUUUAAGGUCUAUUGUUCUCUUGAAUUUGUGAUCGAUUGCUUCAUAAUUAUGAAUUGUUCAAAUUAUAUUGUUUAAAAUUUCUUAAUUUGAACAUGAAAUAGGCGUUAUCAAUUCAUGAAAUUUAUAGAUUAUCUCUCUAUAUACAGGUUGUUUCUAAAUUCAUGUGAUAAAAUUCAGGAGGUGAUUGUUUGUAUGAAAUUAAAAUGGGUCUUUCCCAUAACAAAAUUUCCUUAGCCCAUGUCUUUCUGAGAUAUCACCCUUAAUCAUGAAGUGGUGACUCAAAUUGAGUUUUUAUUGUUUUUUCCUAAAAUUUCUUGCUAUAUUUUUUAUUGUUAAAUUUUUUUUCAAAACUAAUAGUUGCAAAGAAUAAGAAUCAAUUUUAUAAUUUAUUAUUUAUAUAGUGAAAAACUGUAAAAUGUAAUAUAAUUCAUAAUAAAUGCUGGAAAUGAAACAGGAAUAUUGAAAAAAUAUCUGUAGUUAGUCAUUCAAGUUUCUAACAUCACUGAAAUUUUAGAAAAAAACAAUUUCAGUCACCACCUCAUGAUUAAGGAUGAUAUCUCGGAAUGGGUGGACUCAGAAAAUUUUGUUACAGGAAAGACCCAUCUUAAUUUUAUAUGAACACUCACCUUCUGAAUUUUGUCGCAUGAAUUUAGAAACAAGAUUGAGCCUAUGAUUAAAUUAUAUUUUUUAUUUGUUUCUUUUCUAUUCAAUAAAGUGCAUUAUUCACUAUGCAGUUGUAAAAAUGUGAUGCUACUAUUACUAUUUGGAGGGUAGUGCAUAAUUCCAAUGAGCUCAUCAGAAUCCAAUGUUGUUUUUUGGGUAUGUGAAAAAAUUGAAAAAAAGGUGACACAAGAUAUGAGUCUUAUAAGAAGAUUUUCAACUUUUGCAUGGUGGUGAUCCUGUCGAGAUACUACUUGUUUAGAUAAACCCAUUGUGUCUUUUAUCAUUUGGAGCCGCUGCCGAAAGAAACUAAAAGGUGCAAAUUCAAUGUGAGCAAAUCUUUUUUGGUACAUCUCAAUGAAUCUUCAGUUUUUAAAAUGUUAUAAAACUACGAGGUGUAACGAUUACACUUAUUAACCAUUAUAAACAGGAAUCUGGAUUCACACUGUGAAUAGUUUCAUCUUAACAUCUUUCAUAACUUUUAAGUGGUUCCCUAAUUAUUUCAUAUAUUAGUUUCAUAUGUUAUUUUGACUUUUACAUGAAACAAAUGUGCCUUUUAAAUUAUUUUAUUUCAUUAAAAUGAUAAUUUGAAUUUUAGUUAGUAUUAUCUCAAUUUUGGGAAAAAAAUAGGAAAUGGUUACUCGGAAGAAAACUUCCGUUGUAAAAAUAUUCUGAUGAUCCUUAUUUAUGGAAA